ACUUGUUUCAAGGGUAUGAUGCAUCAAAAAAAAUUCAUCUUUGAAUCCAGAAAACCAAGAAAGUCAAAACACAAAGUGUCGGACUUUACAUCCCCUGUCAUUUUCAGUGUACUCGUUGUUAAUAUAAAUACAUUCACUACACCAGUGGCAAAGCUUAAUUCAUUUGGAUAACAUGGGGAAGGUUGUAGCAUGGGCCAUGUUCAUCAUCCUCCUCCUCCAAAUAUACCCAACUACAGUUGCCCCAAAUUACAUGAUUUCAAAGGAUGACGUGACUGCAAGGAAAUACAUGUCUUACCACGACUGUUAUUUUGACCCUCUUGAUGACUCUAAUGAUGAUGGCAAUAAUAUAGACGUGGCUCAAGAUGACACCGCCCUUUACACCACAGUUCAGGAUGCCAUUGAUUCCAUUCCAGAAGAAAAUAGUCGGCGGGUAAAGAUUUUCAUACGGGCCGGAAAGUACAGGGAGAAGGUGAAGGUUCCGUGGAAUAAACCAUUUAUUUCUUUCAUAGGCGAUGGGAUCGGAAAAACAAUUCUAAGUUGGAACGACAAUGCUUCAUCCAAAGACUCUGACGGGAAUUUGUUGGGCACCUCUAGUUCUGCUUCAACUACCAUCGAAUCUGUAUAUUUUUGUGCCACUGGCAUUACUUUUGAGAACACCGCUCCUGUGCCACUGCCAGGGGCAAAGGAUAUGCAAGCGGUGGCACUGCGCGUGGUGGGAGACAAAGCUGUUUUUAUCGACUGUCAAAUGGUGGGACAUCAAGACACCCUUUAUGACCAUAGUGGCAAGCACUUUUUCUUGAGGUGUUUCAUCGAGGGCUCCAUUGAUUUCAUUUGUGGGAAUGCUAGAUCUCUCUACCAGAAUUGCAUACUAACAUCAAAUGCGGAGAGCUGGGGAGCCAUUGCAGCAUCUCAAAGCUUGCCAAACAUGGCAACAGGAUUCUCGUUUGUGGAAUGUAAAGUGAGGGGAUCAGGAAAUGUGUAUCUGGGACGAGCAUGGAGUAACUAUUCUACAAUUGUCUAUUCCAAUUGCCAAUUUGACAACAUUAUAGAUCCUAGGGGAUGGGAUGACAUGACUUACACAUCUAGGAGAAGUACAACUAUGUUCGGGGAGUUUAAUUGUAGUGGCCCAGGCGCAACCAAGACAGGGAGAGUGUCGUGGGAAACUAACCUUUCAUUUGAGCAAGCCCAACUAUAUCAGAGUCGCCAAUUUAUCGAUGUUCAAGAUUGGCUUAACAUUUAGAAUGCACAUUCUUCACUUACUACUACUCGCAAUUGGACCCAAUAGGUUAAAUGACCUCGUGCUAAUUAAAGCUCCUAUCUUGGAAUGAAAUUUUGAUUAUGAAUUAUGAAAGUAGACAAGAAUAGCAUGGUAA